AUGGCUCCGCCCAUCGUGGCGGGCUUCCUUGCCAUAGGCGCGUUCAGUUCCGCUGCUGAGCCAUUGGUUCGCUUUGUUGCACUGCACGAACCAAUGGCCGCGCAGUUUUCACUAAACAGUAGUGAUUUUUUUCUUACAGAGAGUCCUAAACCUGUGGUGUCUAUAACGCCUGAUACACAGAUGUUCAGAGGAGAGACUGUGACUUUCAGGUUUGACAUACAAGAAGGAAGAGACACUAAGUGGACACAUGGCUGGUAUAGGGAUUACACAUCCUACCCAUCCCACACAACACAGAAGUUCAGCAUCAGCUCUGCUGAAAAUGAUCAACAUGGUAAAUACACCUGCACAGGGAGGAAGAGAAGUGACUCUCAGAUCUCAGAGACGAGUGAUCCUGUUACACUCUCUGUAUCAGAAAAACCUAAACCUGAACUCACAUCAGACCUUAAAGGAGCUGCACUGACAGGAAACCCAGUGAUUCUGUCCUGUACACUGAAGCUGCAGUCUGCUGGAUGGAAGUUUUACUGGAUCAAAGACACACAGAGCACUGAGACUGAGACUGAAACACACUCCUACUUCAUCAGAUCAGUUAGAGUCUCUGAUAGAGGUCAGUACAAGUGCAGAGCUGGAAGAGGAAACCCAGUCUACUACACACACUACAGUGAUGCACUCUGGGUAAACGUUACUGCUGAAGCUCCUCCAGUGUCUCUGAUCAUCAGUCCCAGCAGAACUCAACACUUUACUGCUGACUCUCUCUCACUGAGCUGUGAGGACCAGAGUGACUCUACUGGAUGGACAGUGAGAGGAUACACACACAGUCAGACAUUGUUCGAUUGUUCAUCAGUUUCAGGAUCUACAUGUAACAUCAGCUCCCUCUCUACAUCACACACUGGAGUUUACUGGUGUCAGUCUGAAUCUGGAGGACGCAGUAAUUCUGUCAACAUCACAGUGCACAAUGGAGAUUUGAUCCUGGAGAGUCCUGUCCAUCCUGUAACUGAGGGAAAUCCUCUGACUUUACACUGUUUAAUUAGGUCAAAGAUCUUAGAUUCUGGUGCUGAUUUCUAUAAAAAUUAUUCCAUCCUCCAGUCCCAGACUACAGGAGAGAUGACCAUCCACACUGUCUCAAAGUCAGAUGAAGGUUUCUACCACUGUAAACACCCAGAGAGAGGAGAGUCACCGAAAAGCUGGGUUUCAGUCAGAGCACAUGGAGAAGCUCCAUUGUCGGUGCUGAAGCUCCUCAGCAGUGUCGUAGCGGCCUCUCCGUAUGUGCUGGUGACCAUCAUUCUGGCAGUGAAAUGUUCCAGAGCUCGAAAUGACCCUGAUGAGGACAACAGACCGUACAGAGUGAUAGAAGCUGAAGCGUCUGUCUGACUGUCAGGUUUUUACAUUAUUUUUAUAAACUAGCUUUUAAAUAACAACAUCUCUCAGUGCAACAGAGAACACAUUCGUGUAUGUGCUCUGUCAGUAAGUACAGUUUUAGUGAUGAGUGGCUGUGAUGCUGUUUCUGUGAUUUUGGAUGAAAGCUUUAACUUCUAAUGAUGCGUUAGGUUUUAUAUAGAGUGAUUUCUAUUCCUGAUAUAUUUGUAUUUGUAUUACUUGUAUGCAUUUAUUUUCACUAUUUAAGCUUUGCUUUGUAUUAUUGUUGUUUUUUUAGCUAUAUGUCUUGUAAUUUGUUUAAAUUCCAUAUUAAUGUUUAUAUUGUAGCCAGCAUUUACUCAGGGAUGAAUAUGCAGUAUGGUUUGAUGCAGUGUGAUAUUUGUAAUUAAAUAGAGUAAGGCUUAUUUUGUAAUAUUUUAUGGAAAGAUGAGUUUUGUUGUUUAAAACAAUGUUGUAAUGAGACUGAAGUGUGCUUGUUGGAUACAUUUUAAUAAAAACAAUGAAGUCUGUAAGAAAAAAAAAAGGUUUUCAGUUUUUACUAAAUACCCCAUUGGAUCAUUUAUUGCCUAGUUGUCUUUC